AUGGCCGACCAAACAUUCUCAACUUACAUUCCAGAGGAAGUACCUCUUCCGCCUGCUCCUGACGCGUCGUUUUAUACCGAGUCCCAAUGGAGCAUACUGUUUGCCAUUGCAGAUGCGGUUGUGCCAUCUAUUCGGACUGCCCCUCAGUCGACGACAGACAAAGUUAUCUCGGCUGCGGAAUACGAUGCAGUUCUCAACAAGAUCUCGUCAAUUAUCCCUGGCCCGGAUUCUAAAACGCUCGCUGUAAAGCUCUUGGAAGAGAGUGUAUCGACCAACCCCGUGUUCCGCGCUAUUGUGGAACGUACCCUUGGAAGUGCCGUGCCCGAAGACGGUAGAAAUGGGUUGGGCAUGAUUUUAAACGCUCUGAGUACCCGAGCUGGUUCAUUGAUCCUGACAGGGUCGACCACUCCAAUUGAUCAGCAACCCGUUUCUUUCCGUGAGAAAGUGAUUGUAGGAUGGGAUACUUCCAGACUUCCGCCUUUACGUGCUAUUCACCGUGCCUUGACUGCUAUUGUCAAGAAGUCUUGGGUCCUGGCUAGUCCUAAUGUGAACCAAAUUUUAGGCUUUCCUCGUGUUCCAGCAUAUGGGAAGCCCGCCGAUGGUUUCCCAUAUGAAUUUGUCCAAAUUCCUCCAGGUGAUGGGCCCGAGACUAUUGAGGCCGAUGUCGUGAUUGUAGGCAGCGGUUGCGGUGGAGCCGUCACUGCGAAGAACCUCGCGGAAGCGGGCCUCCGAGUCCUCGUUGUUGAGAAGUCUUAUUCAUACUCACCUAAGUCGUUCCCCAUGUCGGGGAAUGAGGCUUAUAAUAGUAUGUUCGAAGGCUCGGGUGCUGUUAUGAGUGAUGAUGGCUCGAUGGCUAUCCUCGCCGGUUCAACAUGGGGUGGUGGUGGUACUAUCAAUUGGUCCGCAGCUUUGCAAACCCAGGCAUACGUGCGCCAGGAAUGGUCCGAUGAAGGUCUUCCUCUCUUCACAUCUUGGGAUUACCAGAGAAGUCUUGAUCGUGUUUGCGACCGAAUGGGUGUCAAUACCGAGCAUGUGAAGCAUAAUCGUCAGAAUAACGUGAUUUUGGAGGGCGCGCGGAAGCUGGGCUAUUCAGCCAAGACAGUCCCGCAAAAUACAGGCAAUGAAGAGCAUUAUUGUGGACACUGUACAAUGGGCUGUGCGUCUACUGGUAAAAAGGGUCCGACCGAGAGUUUCCUCGCGGAUGCCGCGAGAGCUGGCGCCACUUUCAUUGAAGGAUUCAAAGCCGAUAAGGUGCUAUUUGAAACCAAUAGAAGUGGUAAGAAGGCAGCGACUGGCGUGAAAGGAACGUGGACUUCACGAGAUCAAUAUCUUGGGUUUAGUGGCAGUGGAGCUACUACACGAAAGGUGAUCAUCAAGGCGAAGAAGGUAGUUGUCUCAUCUGGUACACUACAAAGUCCUCUCCUGCUCCUUCGAAGUGGUCUUAAAAACUCGCAAAUCGGUCGCAAUCUCCAUUUGCAUCCAGUGAUGGGUGUAGCGGCUCUCUUCGACGAGGACACUCGCCCAUGGGAGGGCUCAGCAUUGACUACAGUAGUUAAUGAAUUUGAAGACCUUGACGGCCAUGGUCACGGAGUCAAGAUUGAAUCCGCAGCCAUGAUCCCUUCGAUCUUUAUCCCUAUCUUCCCUUGGAAAAACGGAUUAGAGUACAAGAUCGCCGCAGCAAAGAUGCGCCGGAGCACAAGUUUCAUCACUUUGGUCAAAGACCGAGAUGGUGGUCGGGUCUUCCCUGACCCUACUGAUGGACGUGUACGUGUUGACUACACAGUCUCCCCUUUUGACAGACGUCACAUUGUGGAGGGCGUAGUCGCUGCGGCCAAAAUCGCAUACAUCUCCGGCGCUAAAGAGGUCAUCACAACUUCUCGCGAAAUCGAUCCAUUUAUUCGACCUGAUUCAUCUGACCCAGAUGCCCCGGAGGGGACGAAUGAUGCUGCGCUGCAGAAUUGGAUUACAGAGCUUCGUCGCAAGUCACCGUUGAAUCCUGAACGUACGCUUUUCGCUAGUGCCCAUCAAAUGGGUACAUGCAGAAUGGGCAAGUCACCCAAGUCCAGUGUUGUUGAUCCUGACUGCCAGGUUUGGGGCACUGAGGGUCUGUAUGUUGUCGAUGCUUCUGUAUUCCCCAGUGCUAGCGGUGUAAAUCCAAUGGUUACCAAUAUGGCUAUUGCAGACUGGGCGAGUCGAAACCUUGCUCAGGUCAUGACAAAGUCAUCAACCAGUGAACACAAUCGCAUGGCUCGUCUGUAA